GACGUCAACGACGACGUCAACUCUAUUUCCGCUUCCUGCUCCUAUACGUCAAUACUGGCGGCAUUUUUAGUUGUGGAAGCUACAAUCAAUACAGACUGUUUGCGCUGUUGUUUCUACAGUCAUUUUGGACAUGGAUGCAGGCGAACUUCUGGAGAAUGCUAAAGCUUUAGCCAAGCAGACGUCGGAGUACCAGGGCCAUCUGCCUUCGGAUGCCCCAGCCGGCCGGGAGUUGCCGGAGGCCGCGCGCGCCGAGCUGCUGGAUGAGUGCGAAGAUCAAUUCUCGCAGCUUCAGCAGCUUCAAAAUGAAAUCGCUUUGGCAGAGACCGAGUCAGUUCAGAACCCAGCCUUUCAGACUGUGAGUCGGGCGAAUGCUCUUACGGCUGAACUUAAGGAGUGGCAAGAAUUACAACCAAAAUUGCUGUCUUCAAAUCCUGAAGUUUUGCUCGCUGUUGGAAAGGAGGAGUUGUCAAGACUGAACAAGCAACUCGAAAUGGUUCUGUCCUGCUCGCAAGCAAAAAGGGACAAGCUGAAGGACGUUUUAAAAAGUGAGCAGGAGUGGCUGGAAGAGAAGAAGGAGGUCCUGAAGGCUGCUACAGAGAGAGUAACUGCCCUGCAAGAUGAAAGUGAUCGAUUGUCUGAAAAGGGUGUUCUGCAGGACAUGAAGAAGAAAAUUCAGCGGGUGAAAGAUUACCAUGACAACCUACUGGAAACGCUGAGUGACCUCCUGGAAGAACACUUUCCGCUUCCUCACCAGGAAGGAAAUGCAAAAAAGAAAAGGAAGGAUUUGCUCCCAGAACCAAGCGUGGAUCUCAUUUCAUUGCAUGACAUGCUUGAGCUUCUAAUGAACAAGUUACUGGAGAGCCCGCAUGAACCCUAUGUAGAGAUCAACGGGACAUUCUGGCCACCCUACACAGAGAUGCUGCUUCGGUAUGGAAUCGCAUCAAGACACCCAGAAGACUGUUUUAAAAUUCGACUAGAAGCCUUCUAUUAAGCUGGUUGAAACGGUGCCUCUGUAUAGUUAGUGUGCCGUGAGCCCUUGAAUAUGAGUGUGUUUUCUCCAUCUUGCAUUUCAAGAUGAGUUUAGUGCAUGUAUAUGCACAUUUAUUAAGGGGGCUUCAGUAGAACCCUUCAGCAUGAAGAGUAGUAUUACUUGGUUCCCAGGUGUUUAGACUGCUGAAGUCACUAUGCAGGAGUGCAUGCUGGGACCUGUAGUUUCAGGCUUGAGCCUGGGCUGUCCACAGCUGACCGUGGCCAGGAGUUUAGCUGCAAAACACAAGCUGGGGUUUCGGUUGACCAGGACUCUGCGGAUUACUCCCGAUGGCGCGCUAGGUCGCCACAGCCUAGCAGUUUCCCCGAGUGGGAGCUGUACCUCUCCAACAACUGGUGUUAGUUUUUGACUGUUGUGAUUGAUGUGUGCUCUGAACAGAGAAAUGGUCACCAAAGUCUGAUUUUCCCCUCCCCGAUAUCUGGUGCAUGCAAGCUUCCCUGUUGAGCUGUGCCAGAAGUACCUUCCUCCAUCGUGUCUGUGCAAACCUGACCUGUGGUUUGAUGAGAAGUGGGGCUCAGAGUUGUGCAGUUCAGAGGAGAGCCAUUGUGCUGAUAGAUAUGUAUAUGGUUGGGACAUUUCAAAUUGGGGAACAAAGGAAGGGGAAGAAUAUAAAUAAAAAAUAUUUUAAAAAGACAACCGCCACCACACAGGUGAGUGGAUCAAAGGGAUUGCACACACUUCAGCUACUGGUCUGGCUGGUGGGUGUUCGGUGCCUCUGGGGGCACUAUUUGAGAUUCUAAAAGGGGGGAAAGAAUCGGUCACCAAAAUUAUUAAUAAAGUAAUAUUGUUACUCUGACCUGUAUUUGGAAUCAACAUGUUUACUUUCUGUUUAAUAUGUAUUUAUUUUCAUUGAUGUGUAACCUUAAUUCAUAAAUCUAGCUUAUCUAGCAGUUGCUUAAUAAAAUAUUAUUUUAUGAAUUAAUGGACAA